AUGUCUCUUCCCACUUUUAGUGACAUGCAAAAAAUGAAGCCAUCAAGAAACGAGAAUUGUUCAUCUGGUGCAGCAGCAGCUACGACUGCAUCUGCUCGAGCAGGACAUGCAGCCCAAGGCCGCGAGCAGACGCUACAACUGGAGAACACUGUCACUUUCCGACGUGUGGCUACAUUCCGAUCCCCCUUUCACACCUGUUUUGGAUGCCCUCGGCAGGGCGCGCCAUGUCCUAACACCAGAGGUCGUAUCGAACUCGCUGACGACAUGUCCGGAGACUUUUUUCGUGGUAUUGAAGCUUUUAGUCAUGUGUGGGUCUUGUUUCUUUUCGAUCGAAACGGGUCCAAGGCGGUUAAGCAGGAAAAGGCAUCCUCAUCUUCUUCUUCUUCUUCGAGUGGGAGUGCAGGAGGAACGGGAACCCUAGUAUCUACUGGGAACCCUGAAGAAACUAGUAGUCCCACUACUACGAACAAGAACCACAACUACCUCCAAAGCAAUAGUAAAGCUUUAGUUCGGCCACCACGACUGGGGGACCAUGAUGCGGCUGGAAUUUUCGCCACUCGCGCACCGCAUAGACCGAAUGCUAUAGGGAUGACCGUGAUGAAGAUUGAGAAAGUGGAAGGAAGAACACUGCUUGUCAGUGGAGUCGAUGUAGUGGAUGGAACCUUUGUCGUCGAUAUCAAGCCUUAUCACGUCUUGGAUGCGGCACCGGUGUGUAGGGUCGAUCCGCCGAUGGAGGAGGAGGUAGAGGACAACUCUGCGUGUUCUUCUUCCUCCACGAUAAAGCGAAGAAAGACAUCUUCAAGCGACCACGAUAUCACAUCAAGUCCUGCUGCAGUUCCCUCAGCAGGUGGUCAAACUCAAGUAGCUCCUCUUCGAGUCGCAGAGAAAAUGACCCAGCUUGCGCAUGUCCCUUUGUGUCAUGUCCAAAGUUCAUCGUCUAGCGGCACUGUUUCGGGCACCACGGGUGCCGCAACGAGCGCUAGAGCAAGUGCUAGCACAACCUCUGCCUCAAGUUCAUCAUCCACUACCUGCCCAGCUACGACAACUACCACGACAUCUUCAACGACCUCUUCUACCAGCCUACAACAGCAAGAACUACCUGCUGUAGAAGCGCCAGCCCACUUCCCUCAAUGGUGCGUCGCCCGACAACGCAGUAAGCGCGUAACAUGGACUGAAGAGGCUCUGGCACAGCUGAAAAAGCAUAGUUCACAGAGUUGUAAGUUCUAUUCGACAGUGAAUUCGGAGACUGAACUAACGGCUCUACAACGUGCGGUCGAGGAAGUCGUGUCCUUGGAUAUGAGAACCUGGCAACAUAAGAAAAAGAAGAAAGAAAGAAAUACAACAACGGCAACGCCUUGUUCAACAGCAGCAAUAGAGGAGAGAAAAGUAUGGGCUUUUUACUAUGAUUCGUUGAAUAUACUUUUUCGAAUUGUGGAGCGUCAAGGACAAGUGGAUAAGGACAAGGAUACCGACAACCAGAACGUGCCAGAAAUGCUAGGAUUCGAAAUAUUCCUUGUUGAGCCACUUGUAGACGGGAAGAAUACUUGCUGGAUGAGUGUGGGAAAAAAACAAGCUGGUGGCGGCUGAAAAUAACAGAAUAAUUGUGACAAAAGUAGAAUGUGCUUCCCAGCAAAGUCCCAACACUUCCUGACGCACUACCUCCUACACACUUAUUUUGUUUUUCUGUUGAUGUUGUUCUUGUUGUUCAACACUGACUCAUCAUUUGUAUUAGCG